AUGCCAUCUGAUUUAGCAUUUCCUACAAGAGAACAAAUUGCAUCGACCUACAAGAAGGAUCGCCUUUAUAGGGAAGGAAAUGGGUUUUUCAUGUAUGUCAGGUGUGGAGGAUGCAGGCACACGACAUGCUGUUAUUCGCACUCCCAGACAAACAUCUCAUGCCCUGGGUGCGGGGAUAUAAUUCUGACAUCCUCUGGAGGCCGUGCCGUUGUGUCUCCAAACUGUGAGUUCAAGAGGAUCGUAAGGAACAUUGAUUAA